AUGAGCCUAUUAGAUGACUACAGAUUCACUUCUUCUGCUAUACUGAAGGAACUUGGACAGAUGUUGCAUUUUUUUGCUGACCGUCACAUUACUUUCCCCCAGGGAAUUGCUAAUUUAGUGAACUAUAGCUGGAAAGAGCUUACUGAAGGAGCCGUUUGUAGAUCAACACAGCACAAGACUUUAGCAGACAAAAGGGGAAGGUCCUUGAAAAGCGGUGGUUCAGUCACUGGAGAUAAGGUGUCCCUGGGAACUGAACAUCUAAGGCCUGAAGUCACUGGAAAUGCAAGAGGUCAGGCCAAGAAAUACCUUUUUAUUGAAGGAGAAAAGGACAAAAGUAAUCAUGACAAUGCCCCCCCCAAACUCCUAGCAAAUAAAGGUCCUGUUCCUCAGUCUCAGUCUACCAACCUUCCAGUUAAAAUAAGUUUCUCAAUGUCAUCGAAAUACCGUGAAGAAAGAGGUUGGAUCUUUCAGCAUACCAACUCUAAUGCUGAAGCUAUGGAAUUGAAGGCACUCCUUGUCUGUGCGGUAGAGAGACUACAACAAGCCCAGAUACAAAUGAACAGGGAGAAAGCCAAACUAAGAAAAAUGGGAUUCAGCAAACCAGUUAUUCUUCGCCACUAUGAUGACUCAAAGAGAGAAAUUUUUGUCAAGAAGUUCCAGAGGCACCAAUGUUUCUGGCUUGAGCUUCUGAAGAACAAAACUCAAAUACCAGUGAUUAAACUGCCAGACCCGACACUGAAUAAACUCCACUAUGCUUUGGUUGAUGGCUCUUCCUCAACAUAA